AUGAAUGCCUUGUGUCAUUUCACGCGUCACCGAAUCCUCCUACACGUUUCUCGCGUCUACCAUUGCGAGAUCGAGUCCGAGUCUCUCGAGAGAUACCGACCUGGCGGCUAUCGCCCGGUCAAUGUCGGCGACACGUUUUGCUCGAGGAGGUAUUGCGUCGUCCAGAAGCUCGGAUGGGGCGGGUACGCGACCGUCUGGCUGGCUUACGACUCGGUGUUCUGCCGGCUCGCCGCGCUGAAAGUCGUCGUCUCAGAGAUCAGUGCGGCGGGUAACAAUGAAGUUCCAAUCCUCAAACGACUUGCUUCGCUUCCGGAAGAGAACGAGCAGGGCCGCCGCCAUUUGCGCAAGCUGACAGACCACUUCUUCCACGAGAGUCCGAACGGAAGACAUCAGUGUCUCGUAUUCGAUGUCGAUGGUGUCAGUGCUCCCACGCUUGCUGCUCGAUCUGGUAACGGCGUGAGGCUGCCUGGGCGUCUGGCCUGGCAGGUGUCAAAACAAAUCACCCUUGCAUUGGACUGCCUGCGCUCGAAUGGUAUUGCACAUGGUGAUCUCUAUACCAGCAACACCUUGGUUUCGCACGGGGAGGGACAAUUCUCCAACCCGGCCUCACUAAAACACCUCAACCCGCCAGUCCAGGCAGAUAUCACUGCUCUGCCCGGUCACCAGCUUACCAAGAGCGUCCCACGACACAUCGUCGAGCCAGCAGCUACAUUUCCUCUCCCCUCCAUCGACGGCCCUAUCCACACACGCUUCAUCGAUUUCGAGCAAGCAUUCCUCCACACCGACCAGCAGCCACUCGCAAAAGUCCGGACACCCUUGGUUUUCCGAGCUCCAGAGACACUGCUCGACACGACGUGGGACCUGCGCAUAGACAUCUGGUCUCUGGGAUGCACCAUCUUCGAACUCGUCACGGGACAGUCGUCGUUCGACAAUUUCAUGCCGAGAAAGGCACCCCUGGUUCUAGAGUGGAUCGCGAUGUUUGGAGACGUGCCGGAGCAAUGGAGGUCGCAGGCGCAGGUAGUUGUGGGUGAGUGUCGCGAUGAGAUAGAGGGGGGUUCUCUCUCAAGCUGGCUUGGUGAGGUUUACUUCGGCAACAGAAGUACCCCCGAGAGGAAGGCGGAAUUUACCCAGGACGAUAUCAAGAGGCUGGCCGAUCUGCUGUCCAGGAUGAUGUGUUACUUGCCCGAGAAUCGAAUGUCGACCCAGUACGUCCUGAAGCACGAGUGGUUCGCGAAGAAUCCCUUGGACGGGUAA